UGCUGCUGCCUGACCAGCUGCACAUGAGUUAACCUGUCUUCGGAAGUCUUCUGCAGUAGCCAUGAGAUCCUUUAUCGUGUAGAGACUAAACCCUUUUUGCUGCGUGCUGUUUGGGUCAACCUGACAAGAUUUCCCAAAUGGCUGAAGAGGUUUUAAUUCCGUCUGUGGGAAAAAACAAUGCACACCUCACCAGCUCUCUGUUGGCUGUAGCGUUCCUUACAUCCUUCGGUAGCUCCAUGCUUUAUGGCUACAAUCUGGCUGUGGUCAACUCUCCUGCAGUGUAUAUUAAGGACUUCUACAACAAGACAGUGCUGCAUCGAAAUGGAACAGGGCUCAGUGGGGAGACGCUGACCAUCAUGUACUCGCUCACCGUGUCUGUCUUUGCUAUUGGAGGUCUGCUGGGCUCCCUCAUAGUGGGUAUGCUGGUCACUCGCUUUGGCAGGAAAGGGACGGUGGUUAAAACAACAGUGCUGGUGUUUAUUGCUGGCUCAUUCAUGGGCUUCAGCAGGAUUUGUGGUUCACCUGAAAUGGUCAUCAUAGGCCGCUUCAUCACAGGGAUUCACUCAGGCAUCUCUCUAAGUGUCGUGCCCAUGUAUCUGGGUGAGAUUGCACCGAAGAACCUGAGGGGCUUCUUGGGUCUAGUGCCAAGUAUUUUUAUUGGCACUGGAGUCUUUACCGCCCAAAUCCUCGGCCUACAUGAGCUUCUAGGAAAGGAGGAGCACUGGCCCCUCUUUCUUUCAAUAGUUGUGGUUCCCACCUUCAUCCAGCUGAUGCUGUUGCCAUGGUUUCCAGAGAGCCCCAGGUAUCUGCUGAUUGAGAAACACAACAUCCAUGCCACCAUCACAGCUCUGAAGAAGUACAGAGCCAAAUGUAACAUCCAGGCUGAGAUCGAAGAGAUGCAGGAGGAGCAGCGUUCCCUGUCAUCAGUGCAGACACUGUCAGUGUGGAAGCUGUUGCAGGACCGCUCAGUCCGCUGGCAAGUGCUCAGUGUGGUGGUUAUCAACAUUGGCAUGCAGCUGUCUGGCAUUGAUGCGAUCUGGUUUUAUACCAAUAACAUCUUUGAAAAUGCAGGUAUCCCAGUCCCAGAGAUCCCGUACACCACAGCAGGAACAGGGAUCAUAGAGAUCAUCGCUGGACUCGUUGGGUGUUUCACUAUAGAGAAGUUAGGCAGGAGGCCGCUGAUGAUUGGGGGCUUCGCCAUGAUGGGAAUUUGCAGUGCUGGAAUCACACUGUCACUCAUUCUGCAGGUUCACUUAUCAUUCAUGCGCUACAUCAGUGUCUGCUGCGUGGUUGGCAUCAUCGCCGGCUUCUGUAUCGGUCCAGCGGGCGUUCCCUUCCUCAUCACAGCAGAGUUGUUUAAACAGUCCCACCGCCCGGCUGCCUACAUUGUGGGAGGAUCCCUCAACUGGGUGUCCAACUUCACUGUGGGCUUCGUCUUCCCCUUCUUACAGAUGUCAGCAGGGUCUUACUGCUACUUGGUGUUUGCCACCAUCUGUCUGUCUGUGGCUGUUUACGUCUACAUUGUGAUCCCAGAGACCAAAAACAAGACCUUCAUGGAGAUCAGCCGAUUGUUUUCGAAGGAGGCCGUUCUGGAGACCCAGGGCCUCUUCAGCGUGGACCAGCUGAAGCUGAAGAAGAUGAACGGUUAUGGCGGUUUAGAACAUGCUUCUCUGGAGUUAGACAGCUCCUCUUCUGUACCAUAAUGGAGCCGACGAACAUCACUCACAACUUCCUCUUGCCCUUUUGUGUGUUGCAAUAUGCACAUGUCCACCUUACCUGGUCUCUGAUUGAAUAAAGCUGGGUUCACAUUAAGGUUCUAAACUGCUGAAUAUGCAGGUGUGUAUGAACUGCUGCUGCCUGAAACAUCGUAUCAAUGUGACGUGUGAGUGUGGUAUAGUAACUGUGUGUCUAUACCAGAAAAAUGAAGAUUUCAGAUUAAAUACACACUUUGUGUUCAUACUGUAAACAAGCGCUGAUCACAGUUUAAUUAUAUUUCUAAAUAUUAUUGGUGAAAAAACAAUGUUUCUAUUAUCUGAAUUAAAAAAAGACUAUUGAUUUGCAUUAAUGUCACGAUGUUCCUAGAUUUUGGCUCACGAAGACGUCGCUCAACGUGAUACGACUCUCACCAAAUUCAUGCAACAUUGACUCACUCUAAAUUGACCGUAAGGUGUGAAUGUGAGAGUGAAUGGUUGUUUGUCUCUUUGUGUGUCCCUGUGAUGGACAGGCGAACUGUCCAGGAUGUGACCCCCCCGCCUAUCGAGAUUGGCACAGCUCCCCCCGCGAGCCUCCUGUGGAGGAUAAAGUGGUAGAAAGUGGAUGGAUGGAUGUUUCCAGAUAUCUUGUAAGGUUUAAUGUUGCAUAUUGGACCCUUAAAAGCACGCCAGAGAAAGAAAGAGUGGUGAUAACAUAAGAUAUGUGAAUGAAACAUUACAAAUGAGUUGGAGAAAGUGUGCAUUCUGAAUUAAACCUAUUAAAAUCACAGUUGAAAUGUUUAUGCAUGUUUUGACAUCUUUAUAUUGUUGUUAAGUUUUAUUACUUCCAAAUAAACACUGGCUCUGCCUUGUUCCAAAGUCCAUGUGUGGCAGUGAG